CUUGGAAGAGUGAGAUAAAAUUAUAAGUGUGGAACGUGACUAGUCGUUUUGUUGAAAUUAAUUUCAAUUAUUUAAUAGUAUUGUAUUUUAGUGUGUUUUUUGUGACAUGGCUGCGCUUAAUGCUACUGGUACAGGACAAAAGAUUCAUAAUUUUAAUGGAUUUGAAACCAGGACUCCUUUUUUAAUUGGUGUUGCAGGAGGUACCGCGUCUGGCAAGUCUACAGUAUGUAGGAAGAUAAUGGAAAAACUAGGACAAGAUUCUAUUGACCAUCGUCAACGGCAAGUUGUGUGUGUCAGUCAAGACAGUUUCUAUAAAGAGCUAACUGAUGAAGAAAAAAUACUUGCCAAUAAAGGACUAUUUAAUUUUGACCAUCCUGAUGCAUUUGACAAUGACUUAAUAUACAAAACUCUCAAAGAAAUCCUGAAUGAAAAAGUAGUCAAUGUACCAGUUUAUGACUUCAGAAAAAAUUCUAGGAAAAAAGAUGAGGUGAUGACAAUCUAUCCAGCUGAUGUUGUUCUCCUGGAAGGAAUUCUUGUGUUUUAUUUUCCCAAGAUUCGUGAUCUCUUCCACAUGAAGCUUUUUGUAGACACUGACCCAGACACAAGAUUAUCCCGCAGAGAAUGGUUAAAUGCAGAAAAUAAAAGAUUGUUUCGUAGGAUCAUUUUUCUUUUGACAAAAAGGAUCUUAAACAGGUCUGACAUGCCCAGCAUUCACACUCAGCUGAGGAAGACAGAACUCUUCUGGGCUGGCCUUGUUGUCAGAAUGCCAGAGAAGCACCUUCCCAAAUGCAUCUUCUUGGGUGAACUACGGACCGGAGCAUACUCCCAUGGUGGUCAGAAGAAGAGCUACAAGGACACACUCAAGGUUGUACUAAAGGACUGCAACAUUGAUCCCAAUACCUGGGAAACUCUUGCCCAAAACUGCCCAGCCCAGAGGAGUGCUGUCACAAAGGGAGUGGCCAGAUAUGAUCAACAUCGCAUCCUGACAGCCCAGAACAAGCAUGCAACAAAAAAGUAUGCUGAUGUUAUCAUUCCAAGAGGAGCAGACAAUGAAGUGGCCAUCGAUUUGAUUGUUCAAACUAUUCGCGACCUUCUUCAGAGUCACUCUCGAUUUCAGAUUCAAGGAAUAAGUCAUGACAGAAGGAUCGCUAGAUCGCGCCACUACUCUGACUCUCAAGUGACUCGACCUCAUUAACAUAUUUAUAUUUUAAGGGUGGUCUUUCUUUCUCAAAUUAUGUUAUAUAUUACGAGGUGACAGGGACAAAGGUUUGACAUAUUGUGAACUUAUAUUAAGAAAAACAGAUCACUUUCAGUAGAUAAUUAUAUUUGCAAUGAAAAAUUUGUGAAAUUAUAAAAAUCACCGGUUAGAUACAGUUAUUGUAGUUUAAAGAUGUAGUUUUACACGCUUUACGUUAGUCUUUGAUGAUUAACGUCAUUGCACCUUUAAAUAUAUAUAUAUAUUUAAUAUUAUUGGUGCUAGGUUUAGCUUUCACCGUAUGUACUGUUGCUUAUAAUUAGUUAUAAUUAAGAUACAAAUGUCUUAAAUAUUUUGUAUUUAUCCUAAGAAACUUAUAGUAGUUUCGAUGUUGUAUAUCCCCGAGAGCUGCAAUUUUUAAUGGUAUUUUUGAUCGAAAUUAAAAAUAUAUAUAGCUCGUGAAGUUGAUAUUUAGCUUAUGUGUGUGUGAAAAAGGGAAAAUUACUAAAAAAAAUAUCUUUAUGUUAUAGUCGUUUCUCAAAACAAUAUUGAGAUCCAUGCAAUUUACUAUCUCAUGUAGCGAAGAACACUUUCGAAUUUUAGUUGAUAAAUAUCUGAUUAUUUUAAUCAUGCAUAAAGUAGAAAAGUGUUCAUUAUUGAAAUCUAAAUAAUAUAAUUGUCGACAUUGUGUCAUAGCCUAAAAUUAAGAUCUUCACGAGAGCAUGUAUGUCUUCCGUGUCAUAUCUUCAAUAUUAUCUUGCUAUACAA